AUGACCGCUGUGUCGCUCCCACCGGAGAUCUGGGCACUCGUGAUCCCUUACCUUCGAAACCCAACCCCAAAACCGCUCUCGGCUCCACCGCGCGCCCUGAUCCGGCAGCCCGAUCUCUGCUCUCUGAGCCGCGUGUCAUCCCUCUUCCACUCCCUCUGCGCGCCUCUCAUCUACUCUUGGACCGUAGUGACGGAUCAAUUCGGUCUCCUCAUGUUUAACCCCUCCACCCUGUCCAAGCGGCAACUUCCCUCUCGCAUUCAUACCCUCCAUAUCGAAUACUGCGCGAAAGGUCUCGAAGCGCCUUACCACAUUAUCCUCCAGCUUGGAAGCGCCGCAUGGGCCUCAAUCGGCCCAAGCAGGAAAGAGCAAAGGAGGCGGAUCCUCGCCGAAUGCGUGCAAGAGGUGGAGGAGAUACGGAUGGGUCUGCUCUGGGUCGCGCGAAACAAGGCGCUCUAUCGUCCAUCUACGGUACCGACAAGUAUUGGGCAGAGUACCAGUCAUCACUCGGAACCGAUCCGGCAGACCAUACCGGUCCGAAUGACUGACGCCUUUUCCCGAUUCGACGAGCUCCUCAGCUUCCUCCCUUCCUUCCGCCACUUUUGCAUCCGGGACGUCGCGGGCGUCCUCAACAUCCCACGCAAUACCUGCGCAUCGCACGUCACCCCCAUCCGGUACUCGCGGUGCCAGCACUUCACGGCGGGGCCGGGCGAGCUCAUCCUGCCGUGGGGCGCACCCAUGACUUGGUGCAGCGACGAGCCCAUGUCGACGGCUUGGCAGUCCCUCCGAAAUCGGAUCUGCGAUGCCAUGUCGGAUAUUACAUCUAUACGGGCGGAUCGGACCGACGGGCGGACGCGGGCCAAGACGGAUACGGCGGAUCUGACCAUCUAUGCGUCGACGGGCGUAAGGGAGAUCAGGACGUCCGAGGAGGAGAUGGUGUCGGGGUAUGCAGGGAUGGCGAGGACGCCAGAGAGGGAGCCAUUGUCUGAGGCCGACCAGCGUAAAAAGGCGGAAGAAGUUGGAAUUGUGUUUCAAGGGAUAUUGCGGGAUGAGAGCCAUGUGGCCGACGUGGUUCGACGGCGGCCGUCUCAGGAUACGCCAACAUGUCCGGCGUGCGGGUCGGGGCGGCCGCUAUGA